GGGAAGCUGUAACCUGAAGCCUGCCGAAGGCUGGGCUGGGGGAAGCAGCAAAAAGCAGAUGUGGCUGCACCAAAGCCGCACUGUCCUCGCCUCGCACCCGCUGGGAGCCCGGACAGCAGCGGCCGAGAGGAGCCCCAGGUCCAGGCAUGCAGAUUCCAGUGGUUCUCCUUUUCCUGGGUCUCUUAACUGUCCCAAGCAGAACCCAGAACUCAGCUACUGAGCAGAACUCUGCCACAGCUGAUGGAGCCAAUGCUGGCGAGGAAGAGGAAGAUCCAUUCUACAAGAGCCCUGUGAACAAGCUGGCAGCUGCAGUCUCCAACUUUGGCUAUGACCUGUACCGCCAGCAGUCCAGCCGGACAGCCACGGCCAACGUGCUGCUGUCUCCCUUCAGCCUGGCUACUGCACUUUCUGCUCUCUCACUUGGGGCUGGAGAACGAACUGAAAAUGUGAUUUCCCGCGCUCUCUUCUACGACCUGCUCAACAAGGCUGAGGUGCACGACACCUACAAGGACCUCCUGAGCAGUGUGACUGGGCCAGAGAAGAGCAUGAAAAGUGCCUCCCGGGUCAUCCUGGAGAAAAGACUCAGGGCAAGGCCUGGAUUUCACAGCCAGCUCGAGAAGUCCUACAAGAUGAGACCGAGGGCACUGAGUGGCAACACCCAGCUGGACCUCCAAGAAAUCAACACCUGGGUCCGACAGCAGACAAAGGGAAGGAUUAUGAGGUUCAUGAAGGACAUGCCCACAGAUGUCAGCAUUCUCCUUGCUGGGGCUGCUUUCUUCAAGGGGACAUGGAAAACCAAGUUUGACACUAAGAAGACUGCCCUGAAUGACUUCCACCUGGACGAGGACAGAACUGUGAAGGUGUCCAUGAUGUCAGACCCCAAAGCCAUCCUCAGAUAUGGUUUUGACUCAGAACUCAACUGCAAGAUUGCCCAGCUGCCCCUGACAGAGGGAGUCAGUGCCAUGUUCUUCCUGCCCACGAAGGUGACCCAGAACAUGACUCUGAUUGAGGAAAGCCUCACUUCUGAGUUUGUCCACGAUGUGGACAAGGAGCUGAAGACAGUCCAUGCUGUGCUAAGCCUGCCCAAACUAAAGCUGAACCACGAAGAGGCACUUGACAGCACACUAAAGGAGACAAGGCUCCAAUCACUUUUCACAUCACCUGAUUUCUCCAAGAUUUCUGCCAAACCUCUGAGAUUAUCUCAUGUGCAACACAAGGCAGUGCUGGAGCUUAGUGAGGAUGGGGAAAGAUCCACACCAAACCCUGGGGCCAAUGCUGCUCGUCUGACCUUCCCCAUAGAAUACCACGUGGACAGACCUUUCCUUCUUGUACUGAGGGAUGAUACCACUGGGACCCUCCUCUUCAUUGGCAAGAUCCUGGAUCCCAGGGGUGUUUAGAUCCCUUCACAAUAAUCUGCAAUGGUGGGGCCCAAAUGGAAAGGGUGAUAUUGGGAGGGAUACUGGCUCCCUGCUCUGCUGCACAAAGACACAACUUGCAAAUCUUAUGCCUUCAUGCUGCAAUAAAAGAGCUUUUGCUAUUAAUCUCA